CACAAUUCUCUCCGACGUCGGCUUCUUAAACAGAGGAUUUGGAGGGGUUUUAGGACUGACCCUGAUCGAGUUGACAUCAUAUUGGAGGAGCCACUUAAGGGUAAAACUGUGAUGGAAAAGUCUGUUCCUCAGACAUUCUCUUCUGCCGCAAACACUGGUGAGAAGAGAAAGAGGGAAGGAUUGGUGAGAAGAGAAGGAGAAAGUCGAAACAGCAGCGAUCAUGAAGACGUUAUUAUAGUUGGUGACACUACAGCUAUAAAAGAUCUUGGUUUUGGUGGAGGAGAGCAGUCUCAGAGGUCUGUGUUUAGCAAGCGACAGGCUUUUGAUCUACAAAGCAACAUGGAUGGUAACAGGUCUUUGGAGAAGGAAGAAGCAGGAGAAGAACCUGAACGAGCAAAACAGGUUUUAAGUUUUAAUGACUUUGAUAAGCUGAGGGAAGAAAGCAAUUUUACAGUUGGUCAGAUCUGGGCUCUUUAUGAUACAGUGGAUGGGAUGCCUAGAUUGUAUGCUCAGAUCAGAAAAGUUUCGGUUCCUGGUUUUGAUGUUAGUGUCACAUGGCUUGAGCCUGAUCCAUAUGAUGAGGAACCAAUACAGAGGUAUGAAAAAGACUUGCCUGUUUCUGUUGGUAGGUUUAAACUUGGGAAAUAUGAGACUAUAAAAGAUCACACAAGGUUCUCUCACGUGGUUCAUUGCAAUGAAGGAAAUGGCGCAGGUAAUUUCAAUGUAUACCCAAGAAAAGGAGAGACAUGGGCUUUCUUUAAGGGUCAGUGCAAGACUCCUUACAACUACCGGGACAUAAACUGGUUAGCUGAUCCCAGUUCUUCCAAUAAAUAUCAGUAUGCAUUUGCCGAAAUUGUGUCAGAGUCUACUGACCUAAGUGAACCAUCUACUGGAUUCCUUCAUAAAGCAAAAGGCUUUUUAAGCUUGUUCUGUCGCUUUACCAAGGACAUUGUUCCGACUUACAUUUGUCGUCACUAUGAAUAUCAAUUCUCUCACUGUGUUCCAUCAUUUAAGACGACUGGAAAAGAAGCAGAAGGUGUGCCUCAAGGUGCUUAUGAGCUGGAUCCCGCUGCUUUACCAGCAAAUAUCAAAGAGAUAGACGUCCCUUUGCAUCUACUACCAGAGCCUACAGACUCAACCUCCGAGAAUAGUACACAUUCGCAAAGCGUGCACUUUGCUAGUAAGGGAAGGACAUUUCAAACUGGCCAAAUCUGGUCAUUUUGCAGUGGUGAGGAUAACUUGCCCCGGUACUAUGGCAAGAUUCAGAAAAUCACAUUUAUCCAGGCAUUUGAGCAGGAUCCGGUAGUUAAAUUGCAUGUUGGUCGGCUGAAAGCUAUUUCAAUCAAAGGCAACCUCCAGUGGAUUGACAAGAGCAUGCCCAUCGGCUGUGGGAACUUCCGAGCAACAAAAUCUCUCGAAAUAUUCACCGAUCUUGAUGUAUUUUCACGUCAGAUAAGUCCAGACUCAUCCGGGGAUGGAAAUAAUUACAGUAUCAUGCCAAAGAGUGGUGAUAUCUGGGCUAUCUACAGAAACUGGAGUACUGACAUUGAGGUCUCUGAUCUUCAAUCCCAGACUUAUGAUCUUGUUGAAGUUCUUGAUGACAAAGAUGAAUACAAGGUUUUGCUGUUGGCACCUGAUGGUGGCUUUAAGUUAGCUGACCGUGCAGGUUCUAGUUCAGUAUAUUUGGCUGCUACAGAACACUGGAUUGAUGGCGUCGAUGUGAGAUUCACAAUCCUGAAAUCCGAACUGCUCAGAUUCUCGCAUCAAGUUCCUACUUUGAAAGUAACAAAAGAGAUACAUGGAGCUAUGCAAGAGGUGUAUGAACCUAAUAUCGAGACACUGCCUGUUAAUUUGAUUUUAUGACUCAGGAGCUGAAACAACACAGUGGGAUCGAAAGAUUAAUCUUUUGUUUACUUUUUGCGUUUUUUUGGUCCAAAGGGUUUUAGAUUAUGAUGCAAAAUCCACUAAGAGUUCUUCAUGGUUUACUAUUCCCUUGAUCCAUUGUAAGUUCUCCAUAUAUGAAAUAGCUGUAUUUGCAGUUUGGUCA